GAUUUGUAUAGUGUAGUGAAGGAGAAACAUGGAGCAUUAUUACAAAAUCCAGUUAUUGGGCAUAGUGUCACUGUUGCUUGUGUUUCCAAACACUCAUGGAUGGGGAGAAGAUGGCCAUGCCAUAAUUUGUAGGAUUGCUCAGUCUCGGCUCAGCGAUUCAGCUGCAGAGGCUGUUAAAAAACUGCUGCCAAAAUAUGCACAAGACGACUUAGGGAGUGUGUGCUCAUGGGCUGAUCAUGUCAGGUUUUAUUUGCACUGGUCUGCUCCAUUGCACUUUGCUGAUACACCUGACUCCCUUUGUAAUUUUCAGUAUAACAGGGAUUGCAAGGAUGAGAAUGGAGAGAAGGGAAGAUGUGUUGUGGGAGCGAUUAAAAAUUACACUAGCCAGCUCCUAGACAAUGGCAAAGACACUCAAUAUAACUUAACACAAGCUCUUCUGUUCCUUUCUCAUUUUAUGGGAGAUGUCCAUCAGCCUCUACAUGUGGGCUUUACCUCAGACAGGGGAGCCAAUUUAAUUAAUGUUCACUGGUACACAAAGAAGCAAAAUCUUCACCAUGUUUGGGAUGCUAGCAUAAUUGAGACCGCAGAAGAAACAUUCUAUGACUCCAACAUAGAUGCCUUCACCAAGGCCAUUCAAGAGAAUAUUACGAAAACAUGGUCGGGUCAAGUAAAAGGAUGGGAAACAUGCAAUUCUAACGAGGCUACAUGCCCAGAAAAAUAUGCAUCUGAAGGCAUUCAAGCAGCCUGUCAAUGGGCAUAUAAGGAUGCCCCUGAAGGUUCAGAGCUAGGAGACGAUUACUUCCGGUCACGUUUCCCAGUGGUCAGUUUGCGAUUAGCUCAAGGAGGAGUUCGACUGGCUGCAACUCUCAAUCGUAUUUUUGGCUGAUGCAACAUCUUAAUGUAAUUUAUUUAUUGGAAUAUAAGAUGUCUAUAUCUCUAAAAAUUAUAUUAUUAAUAAAGUUCCUGCAAUAGUGUAGGUUACGUAUCU